CAAACCACGGGAGCACCACACAUCAUCAGCAUGAUUCCGCUUACAGAGCGUCUGUCGUCGCGGUUGCCAGCCCAGUCGGCGUCCGAAUACGCGACGAGCUCCAGCGAUACGGGUUCGACUUCAUCUUGGCCUUGUCCUCCUCGCGUUAGGGAGCACACUAGCCGCCUUCCUCCUAAAAAGCUAUUUUCACUCUUCGCUUGA